AUGACCUCACUGGAGGCUAUCUUCGCAAACUUCUGGGCCAAGCUGAGGGAACGCAUGACAGCUCCCACAUGCUCACCCGCAGAGCCUGCAGGGCGGAAUGGGGAGAAGAACCGAGGGAGGCCCCCUCUGGGCAUCAGCAUCGUGACCACGCAAGUCUCUGCCAGAGUAUGCCCUCCUGGACUGAGGGCCAUUAAGGGUUUUCCCAGAAAGCACCGUCCACAAAAGCGGAGGCCCCAUGCCAUCAAGAUCUUACACAAUCCUACUUGUGGGAAUGACUUGGACUCACAGAGCCCCAGAGUUCAUGGCUUAGUGGUGCUGGCCCCUACAAGGGUCCAGGGCUGGAAGGAAGCCAUCCCGGGACACUGCCCGGCCAACUUACUAAUGGCUGCAAGCACCUCAGAGAAAGACUCCCCUUCAUGGCCUAUGUGGUGUAGGCUGAAGGCUCCUCACGAACACCUCUGCUAUGUAGCACCACAGAGUUAUAUUACUCCUUGCCUUUCCACGUGUCCCUCACUGCUUGAGAGCGACCGCAGAGAUCCCAUUCAUCUGCAGAGCAUGAGCACCCUGCAGCUUUACCACUAG